GAUUUUGUACGUUUUGUGGGUUUACAAUGCGGUUUCUUUUCGGCUUGGUUUUGGUUCUGUACAUGUAUUACGGGUCACAUGAUGAUAACCAGCUUUUAACUGUUUAGAAAAUGUUCAGGUAUUUCCUUUUACAGUCUACGGUUUUUUUUUUCCUUUAAUGACAUGUUUUAUUAUAAAGGAAAAUAUUUAAGUAAUCUGCUGCUUCUGUUAGGUACAUUUUGCAUACAUUUUAUGCAAAAAAAAAAAACCUUUAUUUUAAAUUAAAGUUCAACAACCUUUUAUUCAAAAUCUUUUCUUUCCCAUAACAUUUUUGUUUACUUCAUAAAAAAAUGUAAUAGUAAAAUUUGCACACUGAGAAAAUAAAAUUCAUAGUCUACAAAAAAAAGAAAAAAUAGAAUUUUUAUUACUAGAGGCCAUAACGAAAACGGUGGGUGAAAAUGAAAAAUAUAAUAUCCAUGAAAAACACAUUAAUUCUGCUAUAAUUGCUCUUUACCGCUUCGUGGCACUGUUGUAUUUUUUACGAAAAUAACAUUACCGUGAAUGACGUUUUUUCAAGUCAUCAAAAUAAAAGUCCUGUUACCGCUUAUAGCUCAGGGAACCUCAAAUCUGGACCUCGAGAUCCACUUUCUUGUAGAAUUUAGCUCUAACCCGAAUCAAACACAACUGAGCAUGCUAACCCAUGCCAAUCAAUGUCUUCAUUAUCAUUAGAAAAUCACAGGGCUCCAGAGUUGUGGUAUCGGCGCGUUCUUUUGCUGACUUGACACCUCAAGCCAGCUUUGACAUCAAGCGAUGUGACCUUCAUCGCUUGGAUGAAGGCCCUUCGGUGCAGACAGUGCUCACCAGAGAGGAUGGACUCAGGUACUACCGCACUAUGCAAACCGUGAGACGCAUGGAGCUAAAGGCAGAUCAGCUGUACAAGCAGAAGAUCAUACGAGGAUUCUGUCAUCUUUAUGAUGGCCAAGAGGCCUGUGCUGUAGGCAUUGAGGCUGGUAUCAAUCCCACAGAUCACCUGAUCACAGCAUAUAGGGUUCAUGGGUACACCUACACCAGAGGUGUGUCUGUGAAAGAGAUCUUGGCAGAGCUCACAGGUCGAAAGGGUGGUAUUGCCAAAGGCAAGGGUGGCUCUAUGCACAUGUAUGCCAAGAAUUUCUACGGUGGGAAUGGUAUUGUUGGUGCCCAGGUUCCUCUUGGGGCUGGUGUGGCCCUGGCAUGCCAAUAUCAGGCUAAGAAUGAGGUUUGUGUCACUCUGUAUGGGGAUGGAGCUGCUAAUCAGGGCCAAAUCUUUGAGGCAUUUAACAUGGCAGCUUUGUGGAAACUCCCCUGUAUUUUCAUCUGUGAGAAUAAUAAAUACGGCAUGGGGACAUCAGUGGAACGGGCCUCAGCCAGCACGGAUUAUUACAAGAGAGGAGACUACAUUCCUGGUCUGAGGGUAGAUGGUAUGGAUGUUCUCAGCGUGAGAGAGGCAACCAGGUUUGCAGCAGAUUAUUGCAGAUAUGGAAAGGGUCCCAUUCUAAUGGAGCUCCAGACAUAUCGUUACCACGGCCACAGCAUGAGCGAUCCUGGGGUCAGUUAUCGCACACGUGAUGAGAUUCAGGAAGUUCGUGGUAAGAGUGACCCUAUCACUAUGCUAAAGGACCGUAUGAUUAGUAACAACAUGGCUAGCCUGGAAGAGAUCAAGGACAUUGAUGCUGAGAUUCGUAAGGAAAUAGAAGAAGCAGCACAGUUUGCUACCUCUGAUCCAGAGCCUCCGCUUGAAGAUUUGUGCAACCACAUCUUCUUCAAUGACACACCUUUUGAGGUCAGAGGCACCAGCCCUUGGGUGAAGCUAAAAUCCAUCAGUUAA